CAGGUAUAUUUCUUGCUAGCUAAGCAACACAAUGGAAAACACGGCGAAAAUAAAUAAAAAGGAGAUUCUAGAUGGGCUGCCCAAAGACAUGAAGUUACCCACCAAUGAAGCACUUUUGGACUAUCACUGUCAAAUAAAGGAAAAUACAGUAGAACGAUACAUGGUUCAGAUAAAGAGUCUUAGAGAAAAGAACCAAAAAUAUCAUGAAAGAAAUAGACGCUUAAAGGAUGAACAAAUCUGGCACAUACGGCACCUCCUAAAGGAACUGAGUGAAGAGAAGUCAGAAGGAUCAAACAUUGUAACAAGAGAGGAUGUUGAAACGGCAAUGAAGGAAAAGUGGAAGUUUGAAAGAGACCAGGAACAAAACUUAAAAGAUAUGCGCUUGCAAAUAAGUAAUGCUGAGAAGCUGUUUCUCGAGAAGCUCAGUGAGAAGGAAUACUGGGAACAGUACAAGAAUGUAGGGAGUGAACAGCAUGCUAAACUCAUUACCUCCUUACAGAACGACAUCAAUAAAGUCAAAGAGAAUGCACUGAAAAUGUCAGAACAGUAUAAAAUCACUCUGGAAGAUGCUAGAAAGAGAAUAAUCAGAGAAACUUUGUUGCAACUGGACCAAAAGAAGGAUUGGGCUACAGAGAAUGCUGUAAGGUUGAUUGACAGUGGCAGCUAUCGAGAGAUCUGGGAGAAUGACUGGCUGAAAAGAGAGAUUGCAAAUCAUAGGAAGGAAGUCGAAAUAUUGGAAAACGUUAUUCAUAAACUGGAAGAAGAAAAUUUGGAGCUCAUUGAUCAACUCUUCAACUGUAGACUUGUGGAUCUCAAAAUACCCAGGCGACUGUAUCUUACCCAAGCUGCUGGACAGCAAGGGCUACCUGAAGAUAUGCCUGUGGAGUUGCCAGAAACAUAUACAGAAAAGUCAAAAUUGGAACCCAUAAAAGUAAAAAGUACAGACAAGAUGAGCUCAUCAGUUGAGAUCAGCGCUUCACAUCUUAGUCAUGAAGACAGCAUCAGCUCUGACCAGCAUCUGAAGACAGAUGACAAGACCUCAUGUACAGAGUUUGGGGCCUCUGAUAUGAAAUACUUACUCUAUGAGGAUGAGCAGGAUUUCAAGGAUUAUGUAAACUUGGGCCCCCUGCAAGUGAAGCUCAUGCGUGUGGACAGCAAGAAAAUGCCGAUUCAUUUUCAAGAGAAGGAAGUUCCAGUCAAAUUCUAUGAAGAUGUCACACGCCCAGAAAGCCACAUCACAUAUAAAAUGGUGAAGUAUUUUCUCUAA